GUGAACUGGCAAGCUCUGUGCUGGCAAGUGCCGACUGCCGUCUGCUAUCAUUUUAAUUAUUCGCAAAUUUCUAAAUUUUUGCCAUUUGCUAAUCGUUUGUCAAUUACAUUUGCUUUAUAACAGUUUUAUACUUUGCUUUUUAUCAAAACAUAAACAUGCAGAAAUAUGAAAAACUUGAAAAAAUUGGUGAAGGUACCUAUGGGACUGUAUUUAAGGCCAAAAAUAAAGAAACUCACGAAAUAGUCGCAUUGAAAAGAGUCAGACUAGAUGACGACGACGAAGGAGUUCCAUCGUCAGCGUUGCGGGAAAUAUGCCUCUUAAAAGAACUAAAACACAAAAACAUCGUCCGAUUGUAUGAUGUGCUACAUAGUGAGAAGAAGUUGACCUUAGUUUUUGAGCAUUGUGAUCAAGACUUAAAGAAGUAUUUUGAUAGUCUGAAUGGCGAAAUAGAUUUAGAUGUAGUGAAAUCAUUCAUGUAUCAGUUGUUAAGAGGGCUAGCAUUUUGCCACAGUCAUAAUGUUUUGCACAGAGACCUUAAACCACAGAAUUUACUUAUCAACAAAAAUGGCGAACUUAAAUUAGCUGAUUUUGGAUUGGCUAGAGCUUUCGGUAUACCAGUCAAGUGUUACUCAGCUGAGGUUGUAACUCUAUGGUAUCGUCCUCCUGAUGUAUUAUUUGGGGCCAAGUUAUAUACUACAAGUAUAGAUAUGUGGUCUGCUGGUUGCAUAUUUGCAGAGCUAGCUAACUCAGGUAGACCAUUGUUCCCAGGUUCAGAUGUGGAUGAUCAGUUAAAAAGAAUUUUUAAACUCCUUGGUACACCAAAUGAAGAAACAUGGCCUGGAGUGACCCAACUCCCAGACUACAAGCCACUGCCAGUGUAUCAACCUAGCUUGGGGCUAGCCCAAGUGGUGCCAAGACUGUCUGCCAGGGGCAGAGACCUCCUCGCUCGUCUUUUGACUUGCAACCCAGCUUUAAGAAUGCCUGCUGAUGAUGCGAUGGCACAUGCAUACUUCCACGACCUCAAUCCAUCUGUGAAGAAUGACAGAUGUUAACAAUCAAUACACCCUUACAGGUGUACAUCAGAACUGUUGUUUAGUGUAAAAAAUACUAAUGUUAAUGACGAAGAUGAAGUCCAGGAGUGCAGUGAUGAUCAGGCAUGAACUGCUUUUUAUAAAUUAAGUUUUAUAGUAUAGCAAUGUGAAGUUUUAUAAUAACAAUUUUAAUUCGUCUAUUUAAGUGUUAAUUGCGUUAUAAUAUUAAUAUUUGUAGCUAUUGAAUUGUGACAUAAAAUAAUAAUUGAUUGAUAUUUAUGCUUAUAAGAAAUUAAGUUGCUCUUUAUUGAUCUCAUAGGAAUAAGUUAUUUAUAAGGAAUGAAAAACAGGAAUGUAUUUUCAACAUGGUAUACAUAAAUUGAAUUGUAAAAAUAUUAAGUGUAAUAAAAUAGUUUGACUUUU